AUGCGGAUGCAGAACGGCAAGGCUACUCGGACCGUCUGCGCCCGAAGUCCGAAGCCCAAGGCCGGGGUAUCAACCAAGCUGACGGUGAAGACGAUCACUUCAGUCCUUGCACGGCUGCGGGACCGCGGUGGAUCACGCUACACGGACAUCAAGAAUGCCAUCGCCCAAGAGACGGGCGUGGAGCCCAGCUUCUUCGAGCUGAAGGCGCUCAUAUUGCGGGGCAUGAAGGAAGGAGUCAUCCGGCAAAAUAGCGACGGUCGCUUUCUUCUGCGCCUGACCAAGAUGUUAAAUCGCAAAUCGCGCAUGAGCAGCAGCGCCAUCACCAACGGCGGCGGUCGACAGGGCUGCGGAAGACGGCGGCGGAGUCGACGGAGAAGCGGGAGACGGCGGCGUCGUCGUCGUCGUCGACGAAGCAGAAGACGACGACGGCGAAGCCGACGCAGACGACGUAGCAGAAGGAGGAGGAGAAGAAGGAGAAGGCGAUAA